AUGCCUUCUCGUACCGCACCUUGCCGCCGCUGCCUCGCUUCGCUCCAGUCGUGGAAAGGCGGCCAGCUCGUGAUUUGCCAGGAUGAUGAUUCUGGUUCCACGAAGUGUACUCGCUGCCGUCGCCUCAACAAAACCUGCGUGGUUCCUAUAGGCCCCCUAAAAGCUCGCGCUACAGCCCUGGCUCAAGCCCUGGCUACUGCUAACGGUGGCCAUACUGACGCUGUAAAAGCGGCGCAAACUGCUGUGAAAAAGGCGAUUCAGGGGCAAAAGAAUGCUGCCGCGUUGCCUGCCCACAAAGCUUCUGAUGCCGAGAAGCUAGCUGCUACUGAGCGGGAGGAACGCCAGCUAAUCGCCCAGGAGCGUCUCGUUGACGCCGUCGAGAAGGUGGGCAACACCCUGGCGGCGUUGCUGGAGGCAUACGAAGGGGUGCAUGCCAAUAUAUUGAAUCCACCUUCACCCUCGUCCUUAGGGGAGCUUGACGACGAAGCCGUGGCGGAAGCUGGCCCAGCGGGUGAGAACGUGUAA